AGCUUUUCAAACACCCCACCCUUCUUAUGACAUUAUUGUGGCACCUGUCAAUCACAUUGUUAUGGCAACCACGUCCUGUCCAACUCUGAGCUGUCGCUGCAUAUGGCCAAGUCAUGGUGUUGUCAUUUUGGAUGCCUUAGCUAAGAAAAACAAUCAUAUGAAAAGACCAUUGGAAUCCUAUAUCUAGGCAUGAAACUGGUAUGUCAAGAGUGGGGCCACUUGGUGAUUAUAUGUACCGUAACAAGCCACAAUACAUCUGUACUGAGCACACACGUAAGCUGAUAAGAAGCCAUAAACAUGUCCACAGUUUCUCCAACAUGUCUUAACAGCUCAGACAAACUCCAAAGCUGUUAAACAUUAGAAGAUAGGACCAUUGCUUUGUCAGUGUCAUCAUUGUUAACUUUGACAUAAAGGCUGUUGUGUAACAAGCACAUGAGUCAGAAUGUACCAUAUUGUUCAGGUACAGUACUGCAGGUAGCUCACUAGUAAACAAACAGCUGGAAGGAAAAACAGUGACUGAGCCUGCAGAAGACUUUCCUUUUACCUGAUAUCCGCCUAACAACAAUCCACUUCUCAUCUCUCUGGAUCACACGGCUUUAGCAGGUUCAGAGUCUACCGGAAUAUACCAACUCCCUGUGUUUUGAGUGAAAGCCUUUGUUUGGAAAUAGCCGCUCAUUGUAGAGUUACCGCACCUACACUGGUAGGCUGGUCGCAGUCAUAUUGGAGCUGUGUAGUUAAGUGUUUACAGAGAAGCCUUCAGGCCUGGAACACGGCAGGAUGAGGAGACUGAACCGGGUUAGUGCCUCUGGCCGUUACAACCGUGCCAUGGAGAUGGAGAUGACCGAUGGAGUUGUCAACCAGUCUGAACAGCAGCCAGUUGUUGGAAGUGCGAUCUCGAAGACAUCUGUGUCCAGUGCUGCGAAGGCAGCUGCCCAGUGGGCGUCAUACACCUGCAGCCGCUGGAAACGAGCCUGCCGUCAGUGUGUGAAGAGAAAACCCACAGGGGAAUUCUUUGAGACCAUGUACAAAGGCCUGGCCUUGGAUGAAGAUGUCAUAGAUGGAGGAGACAAAAGCUUCCACCUCAAUAAAAGACUGCUAGACCAUUUCAGAGAUCUGGCUUCCAGCAAUCAGGACACUGAUGAGGUGGACCUUCAGUACCUGAGUGAUGUAAUCGCAGAUGGAGCCGACCCCAACUCAACAGACCGAUACGGACAAACUGUCUUGCAUGAGAUCUCGAGGGCGUGGAACGUGGACGUGAUGCGUUUCUUCCUGGACAGGGGGGCUGAUGUUCUGCGUCCUGACUCCUACGGGGUCACGCCCCUGCACGUUGCCGCAGCUCUAGACUACGAGGAGAUGAUCCACUUCUUGUUGGAGAGGAAAGCCGACAUUGGUGCUCAGACCAACAUGGAUCAUCAGACACCUCUGCACUACGCUGCUAAGAAUGACGCGGUGGGGGCAGUCAAGGUGCUGCUGCAGUAUGGGGCAGACAUCUCCGCACGAGACUACAAAAGGAGAACCCCUCUACAACUGGCUGCCAACCUAGGUUCAUACCUUUACUUGCCUCUGGACAGGAGUGAGGCUGCACGGACACUAAUGGAACUAGGGGCUGAUGCUGGGGUAAAGGACUCUGAUGGUCAGCUUUGCAUCACCGCCAUGAUUGACAAGAUGACCUCAGUGGCUCAUUUGGCUCUGAACCAGUUCCAUGUGACUGACCGGAUGACCAGGCAGCAGUUCUACUACCUUCACCUGCUGGAGCCAGAGCCACCCUGCAAGCAGAAUCCACCAGGACAGGGCUCACAAGAGGGUGUUGCCAGUGAGCCUACAUCACCAUUGGAGUUCAUAGUACACCAGGGGAAGUUGGAUCUCAUCAUGCACCCUGUGGUUCUGAAGCUCAUCACUGUCAAGUGGAAACUAUAUGGCAGGUUGGGGGCUUGGAUACUCCUACUCCUUAACUUCCUGUUUAUAGUCUCCUGGACGACCGUGGCCAUCUCUGUGUCUGUCAUCCGAACCGAAGAGCCUUAUGUUUUCCCUGAGGACUGGUGGCGUGUGUUUGGGGUGGUGGUGGCUCUGGGGCUAACAGUGGUGGAGGUGGGCCGGGAAGUGGCAGAGAUGAUAGGCUCCAGCAGGAAGCUAAGGAGCUGGCAGAGUUGGUGUGAGCAUCGCACCAACGAUGACCUACGCUGCACACACCCAAUGUGGCCCGAGGAGAAGCAUUUCUUGGAAGAGCAAAUCAAGUUGAUCCACCGCAUGAAGGGAAACUACUUACAAGACCCCUGGAACAUCUUUGAUUGGCUGGUGUACAUACUGCUGAUGGCUGUGUUCGGGAUCCAUGUGGCAGACAUCUUCUUGCUUGGAGGAACACUGCGGGACUACAGCCUGCGCCUCUUCGCCGUGGUCAUCAUCUUCCUCUGGCUCCGGCUGAUGAAACACGUCCGAGCCUUCAGGGUUAUGGGUCCUUUCAUUGUCAUGCUGGGGAAGAUUGUGGGGGAUGUGCUACGUUUCCUCUUCCUAUAUGCAGAGAUCUUUAUCCCUUACGCGUGUGCCUUCUGGAUUAUAUUUGGAGGUCAGGCGUCAAUACCCAGUAUGCGGACUGUACCCCAGCUGCUCUACAGCCUGUACCGCAUCACUCUGGUGGACGAGUAUGAGUUUAACGCCAUGGUGGAAGUGGACUCGAUCAUGGCCCACUUCCUCUGUGGUACCUUUCUGGCUCUGUCCUCCAUUCUGUGUGUCAACCUGAUGAUUGCCCUUCUCUCGGACACCUUCCAAAGGGUGUAUGACAAUGCACUGGCCAAUGCAGUAAUGCAGCAAGCAGCCAUUAUCCUGCAGGUGGAGGAAUCCAUGCCCCGUCUCUGCCGUUUCUAUGACGACCAGCACAUCCACCGCUUCUGUGCCCCUCUUGGGGAGUUAUACGACGAUGACAUCAGAACUGACUCAAAGCGGCACGCUGAGCUGAAGACGAUCACCACUCAGAUCAAGGAGACCCUAGAUGAGUUCCUGGAGAUCCAAAAAGAAGUGAAUCCCCCCGAACAAGGACGACCUGAUGAGAGUGACAGGGCCUCGGGGGAGAGGUGCUUCUCAUUCCCUGUGCAGGGGGAACACCUGCAGACUCUGCAGAGGCUCCAGGUGGACCAGACCCAGCAGAGCCAGGACCUCAGUGCCCUGAGGGCAGACAUGAAGAACCUGCAGGCCCUGAUCCACCAACUGAUCCAGUCCCAGACCAGCUCAUGUGUGGGCUGUGGUGUGACUGUGAAGGCAGCAGAAAGCACUGGGUCAGAGCCCGUCGAAGCGCCACCAUACAGGGCCUCAACAGGUUGACUCCUUGAUGCUGAAGAUGCUUGUAACCACAGAGACUGCACAAGCAACACGAGAUCCAGGACCAGACAACAAGGAUGAAACCUUCUAACUAACAUCUAUCUCCUUAUCAGUUUUUAGGUUAUUCAGAUAAUUUAUGGUAUCUUAUGGUAUGACUACAAUACAUGCAGUAUAUUUUUGCUAAUCUAAUAGAUGCGGUAAAGAGGUCAAAUGGAAGCAUAUUGUGGAGGAUAGGAGGAGGACGCCGGAUUGGCGCAUAUUCAACGAAUCGGAUAUUCUUCAAAUCUGUCAAAUUCGGUUCCGGUGGCAUGCAUUGAAAUGCGUGGCUUUUCUUUUGCAAAAUAAAUAUUUUCAAAUAAUUGUUAACAUAUAACAUCACA